AUGCUGAAUGUGUCUUUGUCUAUAACACUUCACAUUAUCUAUCUAUCUAUCUAUCUAUCUAUCUAUCUAUCUAUCUAUCUAUCUAUCUAUCUUAGUUUAUUCCUCAUCUAUCUACAUCAGUCUGUUCCUAUCUAUCUAUCUAUCUAUCUUAGUUUAUUCCUCAUCUAUCUACAUCAGUCUGUUCCUAUCUAUCUAUCUAUCUAUCUAUCUAUCUAUCUAUCUAUCUAUCUAUUAUUUAUCUAUCUAUCUAUAUAUCUAUCUAUCUAUCUAUCUAUCUAUCUAUCUAUCUAUCACAGUUUUCUGAUGUAUCUAUCAGCAUUUCUUUUUCAUUAUCCAUUUCAUCAUAUCUAUCUAUCUCUCUUAGCUUAUUCCUCAUCUAUCUAUAUCAGUCUGUUCCUAUCUAUCUAUCUAUCUAUUCAAUCUGUUCUUUAUCUAUCUAUAUCUAUCUAUCUAUCUAUCUAUCUAUCUAUCUAUCUAUCUAUGUUGCUAUUAAUUCUUUACUGCUUUAUUUGGUGUAAAAGUAUCUAUCUAUCUAUCUAUCUAUCUAUCUAUCUAUCUAUCUAUCUAUCUAUCUAUCUAUCUAUUUCAGUCUGGUCCUAUCUAUCUAUCUAUCUAUCUAUCUAUUCAAUCUGUUAUUUAUCUAUCUAUCUAUCGAUCGAUCUAUCUACAUCACUCUGUUCUUAUCUAUCUAUCUAUCUAUCUAUCUAUCUAUCUAUCUAUCUAUCUAUCUCUUCCACUGUCCCUGCCUAG